CUUUAUUUUGGUUGAUACGAGGGACCAGUUCUGAUGAUUGGAUCGAUUAAGGAUCAAGAGAACUCUUCAAAUCAUAAUAGGCAUUAGGCACACAUUACCUAGCGAUUUUUGCAUUUCUCUAAAAAAAAUACGCAUAUCCGUACAAAAAUUGUGUAUUUGCCACAAACGUGGUAUUAAAAAAAUAAUAGUAUACUAUACCUCUCCCGACUUAGUAAGUGCUUCGCGCUGCGAUUCAUGCACGAAUUUGAAGAGGCGUUAACAUAUUUUUUUAAAUAAGCGCGCGAAGUCGGUUUGCCUUGCCAUGCUCAUAUUUAAAUAAUAUGAAAUAAAAAUAUUUAACUUAGAGAAAUAAAGUAGUUGUACCAUAAUGUCAUUAUAUAAUCAGUCAUAUUUCAUUAUAUAAAUUUUAUAGUAAUAGUAAAAACUGGGUAAAAAGGGUAAGAAAAAGGCACCACAAUUCCCGCUAUAAACAUAACGCAUGGCAAUACCGUUAAUGGUGACAGAUGUUUACGCGCCAAACAACAAUGGUUGCUUGACUCGCUCUGCCAACGUUUUAUUGCGUCCCCUUUACAUGGUUUUUAGAUGUAUUUUGUGUUGUUUUUCAUUAUUUAACAUCGUGUUAUUACUUACCAACGCCUUGAUACGCUUACGGAUAUUUUAACAUAUAAUUGUUUGCUGUUCGUGUGUAUUUUGAUUCAGAUUAUUAGAUUGAACAAGAUACGUAGUCGGUUGGUCAUGUAACUCGACGCGGAUUACAUCGAGUUAGUGUUUAUUAAGAACAAUUAUAACAACAUCUACGAUGUCUGCGGUAACUCCACGCCGCUCAACACGACUUCCUCACACUCCAAAAAUGAGUGAAAGAAAGAAGGGGCUGUUUCAAAGUGAAUUGGAGGCGUCGAGGGAGUCUCUGACGAAGCAUCGAAGGCUGCCGGUGGUGAACAGCGAGAGCGACAGCGAUGAUUGCGACCUGGGCAUCAUGGGCACGCUGGACUCGAGCUCCGGAGACGAAGUCGACCACAGCGUGCCUAAGACGCCAGAACGCCAUUGGCAUGGCACUCGAAGCUCAAAACUGCUCAAAGAAAACCAUGAUCUGAAAAGCUUCAUCAAAUCACCCUUCACUCUGAACAAGUACCACACCCGGUACUCCUGUCCAGAAAAAUGUACCGGCUCUCACUCCACUCCGGUAACCCCACACAUGCAGAACCACCCCGGGACACCAUCCUCCACUCAUUCAUGCAACAGUGUCCAUACAACGUCUUCUACCUCAAGCAAGGCCCGGAAGAGCCUUGCAUCCUUAAUAGCUGACACAGAGAGCUGCAGCAGCUCUUUAAAGGAUCUUAACUUUGAUACAGACUCCGGUACAGACACCAAAGAGAACACACCAACAAAAACUUUAAGAAGAUCCAACAGAAAUAAGAUGACACCGAAACUACAAAGUUUCAAAGGUGUAUUAUUGGAACAGAAGAAGAAUCUUACGCCACCUAAUAAGAACCCAGUUGUGAGCUUGACUAAGAUGGAUUUGGCUACUAAUCUGUCACCAACACAAAUGUUAAAAACGCCUCAUACUACUGAAGCUACCAUGUCACCUCCAAAGCUAAGUCACAACCGACGCGCUGUAGUUGAAAUUGCAGAAAGCCCAGAAUCCUGCGAAAGUGAGAAAAGCCACAAAAGAUUGCGUAAUAAUAGUCUUACUGAGUACGGUCCUGUGUCUAAAUACCCUAAAGUUGAUGCCAAUUCGGCUCCUAAAGCACGUCUAUCUCUUUUCAACAGUGAUAAAUUGAAAGAGAUACUAUCAGCCAAGUCUUUCUAUGGCAAUUCUAGCCCGGAGUUAAAUAGCAGCAUUACAAACAAAAUUUCUAGCGCUAUCCAAACCUCCACAACAUACAACCGUCGUCUCUUCACAAGCCACUCACACAGACGCAAGAAAAAAUCAGGACAGAUAAACAUGGGAGUCAGACAUAGAAUCAAAAAGCCUAAAGUGCUGAAAAACAAGAUGUUCGCUAAAGGCAACCAGUAUAUGAACAAGUCUGAUUCAGCUGUUCUUAAUAACAGCACGGUUGCAAAUGUUUCGGUCAAUAAUCUGAGCAUGAAUAACGUUUCUAUGGCGAGUCAGAAUUCCUCACAAGAAUUGGACAAAGAUAAAGCAGACCCGUUUGGCAAAGAAAAGUUAACCAUAGAAGCGCUCCUCAGCCAAUGGGAGGAAGAGGAUGAACCGGAGCCAAGACCUGAGCUACCAUGCUUCAACAGCACUGUCAUAGAGGAGACAAAUCCGAUCUUCCAGCCAGUCACCGCUAUACCUGUAUCGGGGCAGGCCCUGCCGCAGGAUGGAGCACUUAUUAUUGAGUUAGGUACUGACAAGCCAGUGAAGCCCACUGAGACAGCAGAGACAGCCCAGGAUGUGACGAUGAUGGAACUUCACAAGGCAGACCAUGGUGAUGUGCCGAAUGGGCAGUUUCUACCCGUGGAUGGCGGGUUCAUAUUAGUCCAGGAUAAUGUACCAGCAGUACCUCAAGAAGAGCUGACCGACCUGGACGAGAUCGAACGCGAGCUCAAAAUGCUGGACGAGCAGAUCCUCAUGAUGACACAGACAGAUGCAACCGUCUCUGUACCAGCUGUAACUUCUACAACUACUGUUACUCCUGUGCCUGAAAUAGAUGCAAAAACGGAUGACGCCGCGAAACUGUUCCCCAUAUUCAGCAACCCCAACCCUGGGACAUGCACGCCUAGCACUAAAGGUAAAACCAGUAAGAAGUCGCUCCUGAAAGACGGGAGCAACCAGUACGUGAUCGACGCGGGACAGAAGAAGUUCGGCGCUACCCAGUGCACGGAGUGCGGGGUUAUCUACCAGAUCGGGGACCCUGAGGACGAGCAUGACCAUUUGGUCCACCAUAAUGCGACUGAUGUGCUCAAGUUCAAUGGUUGGAAAGAAGAAUGUGUAGUCGGCAGAUGGGAGAGUGCACGCUGCAUCCGAGUGCGCGGCGGCGAACUCAACUGGAAGCGAGUGGCGACCCUGCUCACUAGGGUGGUGCACGCCCAGCUCGGGUACCACGCGGACUUGCCGGACGAGAUACAUACUUACACGGCAUACCUAUACAUCGACAAGAAGCAGAUCGUAGGCUGUGCCAUCGUCCAGCCCAAGACGAGGGCCUUCAAGCUCAUACCCGGGGACCCUGACUGCUGCACCGUUGAGGAUUACCCUGUCAAGUGCGGCGUGUCCCGCAUCUGGACGCACAGCGCGUGGCGGCGGCGCGGCGUGGCGGCGCGCCUGCUGGACUGCGCGCGCGCCUCCUUCCUGCUGGGCGCCGCGCUGCACAGGCGGGACCUGGCCUUCAGCGCGCCCACUGCCGCUGGUAAAGCUCUCGCUACCAACUAUUGCGGUACUGACCGCUUUUAUGUAUACCUCGAUUGAAUGUUUAGUGCUAUGCAGUAUGCAAACGGAAAGCAAAUUGAGCUUUGGUAGUUUUUGGAAUUUAUGGUGAAUAGCGCUGCUGUACAGUUGCCGUGAAAUUUCUCGGAGCGGCCGCAGCUCUGAAAAUAUCUGAACACAUCUCUGUUGUCAAAGCGUUGGAGCGCGUGUUGAGAUAUUUUUAAGCACCUCGGCCGCUCCGAUAUAUCUGAUGGUGCCUGUGCAGUAUAUUUGUCAUUGGAGGCGACUAAACUCGAAUAUCAUUAGUUGAUUUUUUGAUUAAUCGUAAAUAAGUUAACACUUAUUAAUUUGUUUUGUACUGCUUUUUUUGUAUAACUUGCACUUAAAUCUCUUGGCUGAGCGUUUCUUUUAAAAAAAGCCACUCAUUAAUUUUAUAUUUUUUGGUAAAUUUUUCAACGAGCUCUUUCAACCCCAAUGGAAUAACAAAAAUCCUAGGGGUUUUUUUUCAAUUGUGUUACUACUUUGUACGGUGGUAACAAAAAGGAAAGUUGGAAAAAUGUAUGGAGGACUCAAAAGCUAAAAGAGCUCACGGUCCUGACUAGAAAUAACACAAAAAUGGCAAAAAAGUCACUUAAAAAAGCGUCAAAAACAGAAACGCUCAGCCACGGCCUUCCAUAACUACGCUAAAGAGCAACAUGAUGCAUAUCACCCCUUUUUUUUAUUGUGAACAUUUUAAGACGUUACAUACUCGUAUCUGCAGUUACCUAUUUUCCCAAGCAUUAAUACGAACAAAGCAAUAACAUUUUACAAGUGACUUUAGAUCUAAGACAACUGGUUUGCUACAUAAGGGUGAUAUUUCACUUGUCCAAUGUGCAAUGAGUCUCACAUUUUUUUAACCAAAAGGUGAAACGUGACAUACCACCAUAAGUGAUUUGAGAAAAAAAAAACAUUAAGACUUGUUUGACAAGAGGUCUUUUUUAAUUAGGUAUUUAACUAUGGUAGCUACCAUUGUUAUUGAUUUUAUUUAAGUAUGAAAUUAUAGGUUAUUCCAUGUUUGCUUGUAGUACGGCUCAAUUGAAAGAGUUGUGUUACUUUUAAUUAUGUAGUUGUCGUGUCGUUGUAGACUUACGCAAAUACUAUAUACUUUGUAGUUCUUUAUUUAACAGUUAGUGCUCUGUCGCUUAACUCAGACGGUUUUGAGAUAGUUAUACGGCCAUUUUCUAGUAUAAGGGAAAUGAAUUAAGACUUUUAGUAAAAAAAAAACUUACUUAUGAAACUGAAUACAAUCAGUCUCUCACAGCCAAACCUAAACAUAACAAUUUUUUACCAGAAUUAAGUUGUAUACUUAUUCUAUUUAAUGAUGAAACUCAAAAUAUAAACUAAUAAAUAUUAAUUUAAAUAGUGAAAAUGUGAAAUUAAGAAAAUUAUAGUGAUAAACAUAUUUGUGAUAGGUCUGUUAGUCUAUUUUAUUCUAGUUCUUCGAAUACUCAUUUUUAAAGACAUUUUAAAAGUUUGGUUCAUUAAAUGUGCAACACAAUGGAUUAAGCUGUAUUUUAAAACGGUUGAUGACCUCUUUACUUCUAAGGUAGGCUAAGUAUCUUAAUAUUUUGAUUUUAGUAUUGUCGUCUAUUCCAUUCGGAUAUUAAGAGGAAAGAGGACGGCCGCAUCUCCAUACACAAAUAGUCCCCAUUUUCCUCUCUGUAUACUGUCAUUUUUGAAAAUAUUUUUACUUAAUUUUAUGUAUAUGAACUAUAUCAACGCCCCUACGUUUGACUUUUUUAAUUAUUGUAAAAAUUAGGUGCAAUAAAUUGAUUUCAUACAAUUUUGAAGUACUCCUAACUGAUAAUAAUUAAAAAUAAGAAAAAAAUCUAACUUAGGGGCAUAACUGUGGUUGGUAUACAACAAAUUGUGUCAACAUAUUUUCAAUAAUGUUAAUAUCCAGAGAGAAAAAUGAAUGAUUUCGUGAGGGCCUCCACUUUCCUCUUUAAAACUCUACCAAUGAUAUAUUUGUAAAGAUACAAAAUGUACUUCAUUGGCCGAACGAUGCAGUUUCGUUCAUGGUUUUUAGUUUAGAUUCCUUUAACCGAAUCGAAAAGACGUUGUGUUAAAAAGUGUGCCAAUUUUGUUAGUAUAUUCAAUUUUGAUACUAAUAUUUUGUGUAGGUUAUUUUAUUACGUAUCGUUAAGCUACGUAAGUAGUUUGAUAAGAAUUUUAGUGAUUUUCGAGUUGAUACUUAGGUUAAGUUUAGUGAGUAAGCACAUUACCAAUGAGCGGAAUUCUUCAUAGCAAAAAUCAAACUGUCAGAGGGAUUGACCUAACUGUUUUAUCGACUUAUCGAUGUUACGGAAUAAUAUCGCAUUAGGUAUCCAUAAUCAACUUAAAAGAUUAUUCUGUAACAUUUGACCUCUUUGAUAAGCAACUUGCAUCUCCGUAUUUAAGUAAAUUAUGUCAGCGUCACAUAUGUCAUUUAUGUCACUUGAGUUUCAUGAGUGAUUUCCGUGCCGUGUUACUAAAAUGGUUAAUCCUAAAAGAAAACAAUAAAAAAAUGGAUACAGAAAGAUUCUUAUUUCAGUUUCAAACAAGAUUCUUCCACAAUAUAUUGCUCUAAAUGUUACGUUCAUUUACAUCAUAAAAGUAUUUUCUGUUUUAUUAUUUACUAUUAUACCAAAAUACAGUGGCGGUCAGCUAAUUAGGGAUACCGUUAAUUUGUUUGUAUGUAUAUCCAAAAGCCUGAUUUCAUUACUUUAACUUUGUUUCGUUAAGUGACAAAUAUUUAUCGAUAAGUCGAUAAAACAGUUAGGUCAAUCCCUCUGACAGUUUGAUUUUUGCUAUGAAGAAUUCCGCUCAUUGCACAUUACACCCAGGCUUGUCAUGUUUGCUGCGCCCAUAUUGGCUUACACGGCCAUGUAAAACGUCGCCCUACCUGAUACUGCUUGUACAGUCUAAAUAGUCUCGACGGCCAUUGAUGAUGUGACUAGACUUAAAUCGACCGGGAUAUGAACCGUCAUUACCUUUAUAUUGUUUUUGAGCUCCCGUUUUGAUUUAAUAUUUGUUUAAGUCUAGUAAAACUAACCGUGAAUCAUUCAAAACGGAUGAUGAGUGACGGAGUAUGACCGCCAUCGUAACAUAGUCAAUUGACCAAUUGUAUAAAAUUAAGGCACACUGUGCGUGUGAACGUGCGCAUGGUAAUAUACAGAUCUUUAUGAGAGACGUCACAUCGCUGGCGUGGCGUGUGCGUGCACGGCUCCAACAUGACACAAGUACGCAUACGCCUAGGUAAUGGACCCUUCGGAUCCCAAGUAUCUACGUUUAUAACUUAAUACGAUAUACGUUUAUAUGCCGACAUCAUAAAUAUGAUGUAACUGCGCGCCUUAGGGUAAAGUGUGCUAUUUAGGUGGAGGUAGAGUCAAGUAGGGUACUUACUUAAGCAUAUAGUUUGUUAAUAAAAAUAUUUUAUUGAAGCUCUCUUUAUAUGUAAGAAAGUUUUGGUGUUUUGAUUCAUUUGGACAGUCAAUUUUUUUCACAUAAUAUAUCUUGUAUUUAUGCUAAAGGACCAUGGGUAACUUCGUAUGGAGCCUGGUUCAAAAACCAACAGAAAUGAGAGGUCAUUAGAUAGGUAUUUCUAUGUACUUCAUUUCGUUCUAUGGGCACCAAGCGGAAUUCCAUUGCAGAACUGAGAUAUUUCUACAAGUUGCCCUUGAGCAUUGCGAGAGAUUUUAAUGGUGCAUUCCUGAUGGCAACAGAAGCAAAAAAUGUUAUGACUUUUGAAAUUCGACAAAAAAAAUUGUUUUGUUUUUUUUUUUCCUUUAUUUGAACACUCCUGUACAUAAAACGUAAUUUUUAUUGAUAAACACAACCUAAAAUUAACUAUUAAGUUUUUUUUUAUUUGGGGGUGGCCUCUCGAAUACAUUUUUUUAAUUUUUCGAUGUCAAUCAAUAGGUACGUCCUGACUAGACCUCAAAAUGGGCAUGCCGCAGUAAAAAAUGUGUUUUGUACCGACUUACGGCGAAAGAAUGAUUUCGAAAAACAUUUAAUUAUCUCUGAAACUAGGCCUAAUCCAGAAAAAAUUAUAUGACAUUUUAGUUUCUAAAUAUUACGAGGAAUUCUUAGUUAAAAUGUCUCGCAAUGCUCACGGGCACCUUGUAUUUUAGUCAAAAUGUCAUCAUCCUUAUUACCUAAGUAAUAGAGUCCAACCCCCUUAUUCAUAAACGUCUACUAAAGUUGACAAGCCGCUAAUAAUCGUUUGGCCCUUUUCAUCAUACCAAUACGUCGGAAAGGGACAAACGAUUAUUAGCGGCUUGUCAACUUUAGUAGACGUUUAUGAAUAAGGGGGCAAGUAAGUAAUAUCUGCUGCAGGGUAGAUAUUCGCGCACCGCUGCGAGCGCUGCAAGGCCUAGCGGUGGACUCUAUUGCCUACUUAAUAAGGAUCAUGACAUUUUGACUAAAAUACAAAUAUCUCAGUUCUGCAAUGGAUUUCCGCUUGGUGCCCAUAUAACAAAAUACUGUACAUAAAAAUACCUGUCUAAUGACCUAAUUCCCAACUCUGUUGGUCUUUGGCCCAUUUAGACACAGUUUGCAUGAACAUGCCUGCAACGAUAUAGCAAUAAUUACUAUCUUCUGUAUACUUUUUUUUACCAUUUGACCGCCAAAAACUCCAACUGCAGCCCAAUAUCAACUAAGUGCGUUGCAACAAGGUUCACAACAACGCGCCGCACACGACAGGCGUUCAAAGGGUUAACAAUGAAUAUUACUAAAUCCUAAGAAUUUCAUUCAUUCCAAUAAGAUUAAAUAUGUAACUCGACGACGCUUAUAAUUUAAAAACAAUUAGAUAUACAUAACUGUAUUCACAAUAGAUUUAAACCCAGUGUUUCAGACGAGUUGUAAACGAUAUGUAUACGAUUUUAAUUUUUCGACGGUUUUGCUUUGUGUAUAGAUAGCGCGGUGUUAUGUUAUAUUUUAUACUUGUAUUGUUAUUUAUUUUAACUGUAAACUGCAUGAUAUAUCUAAGGGUGGUCCUUAUUUCGUCGAAGGUAUAUUUUUCUACGGGGCACCCGCUUAAUGUAAAUCUACCACUAGAAAAACCAUAUAUUUCAUUUUCAGAUACAUUUUAAGGCUCUGUACCGCACUUUGAAUAUUUGGACCCCCCAUACAAAAUGUUUUUUUUUUUUUCGAUUUUUCGUUGUGGGGCGAUGAGUCGAGAGUGUUUACUACACUCAGCAAUGCACAUAAAAUAACGACGCUGAUUUUCUAAAUUUAUUUUAUUAAUAUUUUAGGGGUUCUAUGUAUUGAUUGAGAGGUGCGUCCUUUCCGUUCCUAUAAACACGAAUAAAAAGGAUUUAACAAAUUAGCAAUGUUCCAAUAUAACUUCGACGAAAUAAGGACCACCCUAGUAUACCUACUACAUACACUGAAGAAGGCAUGCUUUAUAAUUUGAUAAUCAAAUAAUAUAGAAUAACGAAGUCAAGCGUGUCAAGAGCAAUAUCUAAAUUGAAACUAACCCGUGAAGACAAGUGGUCUUGGCAUAACGUCGAAGAAGUCAUGAAAACUAUAUCUGGAUGCUGUUAAAAGCAAAAAUGUGGAAACUCACAUUUAUUAUGCGUAAGUUGUCAACCCAAAAAAAAUAAUUGACAAAAUGAAUGUGGGUUGACACAUUUUUGCUUAACCGCAUCCAGAUGUAGUUAUCAUGAAUUCUCCAAAGGUUACCGAAAAUCGCAUGCGAUUUUCAAUAAAUUGGGGCAUUUGAUCGAUUGAUUGAAUUGGGUGCUUCUACUUAUCGAGCAAUUAUCUGAAAUCGCAUGCCACUUGUCGCAAGGUUUGUAGAACCUGUAGAGGGUCUGUAGAGCCUGCAGGCCUCUGACAGGUCACAGUAAUCUUCAUUUUUAUUUCCCUUCGUUGUUUUAUUUACGGACUUAAUUUAAUACCAUUGAAGAUGUUUUCGAGCGUAUUUGAGUAUUAUUUUUCUACUCAUUUUAAAUUCCAAUAAUUUUAAUUACUUACACUUAAAAUUGUAAAUGGUCAGUGCUGAUUUGGUGAUUCUAGUGCCUUAGAAUUAAUUGCUUGCCGGCCAAUUGUUCUAUGUGUAAGACAUUUUAAGAUUUUGCGUGUACUACAGGAUGCUAGCAGCAGAUUACCGUUUUCAACAUUUAAUAAAAAAAAACUAGAACAUUUUAUUUUGUUAAUUAUGCAAAUUAGACUAAAUGAUGAAUUCGUACUCAAUCCUUCAUUUUCUGCAUAUUUCGAAAUAAAUACAAAACUUACGCCUUACGAUACUUUGCGUUUGAAAAUUAUUUGAAAUCGAGAAUCUGCUGCUGGGCACCCUGGUCGCGGCUUCACUUAAUAAGGCUACUAGGCAAGUCCAAAGACUUAACAUAAGAUGCCAUAUGUUUGUAAAUAUUUGUUAGUUCUUUUGAUUUCGUACUCUUACACUAAUUAUUUCACAAUAAUUCCAAGUAUUGCAUUUCAUUUUAGAAUUAUUUUAAUUCACACAAUAUUGUGUUUUCAGUUUUAAUAAAACGAUGUUUUAGAA